AUGCUCAGUCGGCGCUUUCUUGUGUUGCUGGCCGCUAGUUUGGCAGUCAACAGUGAAGCUGUCGAUCGCAAUAAGUUCCGCACGUGCGAGCAAACGCACUUUUGCAAUAAGUAUCGUAAUGUACAACGGCAGAACAUGCCACACAAGUUCCACGUGGCUCGUGAUAGUGUUCACACCGACGGUGACGCCAAUCUCGUGCGUUUUCUAGUACAAGACGCGGCGUCUCCUGAGGAUAUUCCGCUCUCUGGUUCGCUUGCAUUUGUCUUGCAUGCCGAUAAAGCGGUUGUUCCAGUGGUGCGUGUGCGAUUGGAAGAAAAGUUUGAAGAUCCAAAUGAUCCGAAAACUCGUUGGAUUAGCGACGAUAUUCUUGUCCCAACAGCGGAUGAAACGCGUCCUUUACUUCAAGUAAAAGCUCAAGAUGCGGGUCUUAAGACACCAAUUAAUGAAGAAAACGUUGUGUUAUUCGCUCCUGAGAUGCAGGGAGCGACAAAGAUUGUGGCCGCUUUGAAACUCGAUUCAUUUGGUGUUGAUCUAUACUUAAAUGGUGAGAAAUUAAUAUCGAGCAACAACGAGAAUCUCUUUCAUUAUGAAAUUCGAAAGGAUCGUGUGGAUGCUGCCACUCAAGCUGAAGGUGCCGUCGAUCAAGGAGCUGUGGAUGCUCAUGAGGGCAAGAAAAUUGUUGACUAUGGUGAAGAUGGACUUGCUAUUUACGAUGAUGGAAGUGUGCAAAAGAAAGAGGAACAAACCGAUACAUUGACAACUUCAAUUGAGACUGAUGGGAAUGUUGAGGGUUGGGAAGAAUCGUUUGAUGGACACACGGACAAGAAGAAAUUUGGUCCAAGUUCACUUGGUUUUGAUGUCACGUUUCAUGGAUCAAUUGUAGCCCCACGUUCGUUAUAUGGUAUCCCGGAGCAUGCUACUGAUUUUGUGUUAAAAGAUACUAUUGAAAUAGAUGAAGAAAAUGAAGACAAGCGUGAGAUCAUUACCGAUCCAUACCGGUUAUACAACCUUGAUGUAUUUGAGUAUGAAUUGGAUAAUCCGAUGGCAUUAUAUGGUGCUAUCCCAGUACUUGUGGCACCUAACAAAGAGAAUACCGUUGGGUUAUUUUGGAAUAAUCCAAGUGAAACAUUUGUUGAUAUUUGGUCAAAUGAAGCUACAAAUAGUAAAGUGAGUCAUUGGAUGAGUGAAUCAGGUGUUUUAGAUCUUUUUCUACUUUCUGGACCAAAUAGUGCUGAUCUCUUUGCACAAUAUACACUUUUAACUGGUCGUGCUCAAUUGCCACCACUUUUUGCUUUAGGAUAUCAUCAAUGUCGUUGGAAUUAUAAAAAUGAAGUUGAUGUUGCACGUGUGGAUGCUGGUUUUGAUGAACAUUUGAUUCCUUACGAUGUUUUAUGGCUUGAUAUUGAACAUACUGAUGGAAAACGUUAUUUUACAUGGGAUCACCAUGCUUUUCCAUCUCCAAUUACUAUGCAAGAAGCAAUUGCACGUACUGGUCGAAAAAUGGUGACAAUUAUUGAUCCACAUAUUAAAGUAAGUCAAUCAAACGAUGCGAUGCCGUAUUAUAUUCAUACAGAAGCACAAGAACUUGGAUUGUUUAUUAAAGAUGAAGAAGGAAAAGAUUUUAAAGGUUGGUGUUGGCCAGGGGAAUCAUCAUAUGUUGAUUUCACAUCUUCAAAAGCGCGUGCAUGGUGGCGAGAUCAAUUUCGGUAUGAAAAAUAUCAAGGAAGUACAAAACAUCUGUACACUUGGAAUGAUAUGAAUGAACCAUCAGUAUUUAAUGGUCCAGAAGUUUCAAUGCGAAAAGGAUGUCGAAGUAUCAAUGAUGUCGAACAUCGGGAAUGGCACAAUCUUUAUGGUACUCUCUUUCAACGUGCGACAAUGGAAGGACAACUCGUUCGACAGCAACCACCUCAUGAAUCUCUUUUACCAUUUGAUGAUACAUUACAAUUGACAUCUGAGAUGCAACGUCCAUUUGUAUUAUCACGUGCAUUUUCAGCUGGUUCUCAACGAUAUGGUGCCAUUUGGACAGGUGAUAAUAAAGCAGAGUGGGGACACUUACGUUAUGCUACAAAAAUGUUAUUAUCCAUGUCGGUUGUUGGUUUAACAUUUGUAGGUGCAGAUGUUGGAGGAUUCUUUGGAAAUCCAUCAUCGGAAUUAUUCAUUCGAUGGAAUCAAGCAGCUGUAUACCAUCCAUUCUUUCGAGGACAUGCUCAUCAUGAUUCACCUCGUCGUGAGCCAUGGGUGUUUGGAGAUCCAACCACUUCAAUUGUUCGUACUGCGAUUCGUGAACGUUAUGCUUUGUUACCAUAUCUAUAUACUCUCUUUCAUACUUGUCAUACACAUGGUAUGCCAAUUAUGCGUCCACUAUGGAUUCACUUUACACAAGAACCUCAAAAUUUCAGUGAAGAAGAUGAAUUUCUACUUGGUGAUGCUUUGCUAGUGAAACCAAUUGUAGAAGAAAACGUGAGAACGACGCACGUAUUUCUACCGUCUGACACGACACAGGGUACGACUGUCUGGUAUCACGUUACUCAUGGGUACAAACGGUUUAUUGGUGGUGCAACUUAUGAAAACAUUCCAGCACCUUUAGAUGCUAUACCUGUGUUCCAUCGAGGUGGUACAAUUAUACCGCGCAAACAACGAGUACGUCGUAGCUCGGAACUUAUGCGCAACGAUCCACUUACACUUGUUGUAGCGUUGAAUCACAAGUUUGAAGCAUUUGGUCAACUUUAUGUUGAUGAUGAACAUUCGUUAGCUGCUGAACUUGAAGGUUAUGGUACAAAAGUUGAGUUGCACCAGACGAAAGAAGGGUUACGUUCAAUCGCAGUUGCUGCUACUAUACAGGGAAAGCGGUACACGUCACUCAUGUGGGUAGAGCGUAUUGAAAUUUACGGAUUUCUAUCUGAAGCCAAUUUGCCGACUCAGAUCUUGGUGGGUGGGGAGCGUGCUCUUCACUUUCACUACGAUGCUAAUUGCGACCGUCUUGUAGUGCGCAAGCCACAAGUUUUGGUCACAGAUAAUUGGGACCUUCGUUUUGUAUACAAUCAGGCACUUGAGUAA